AUCAACUGUGGAUCACUUCGAGCACGUGUAUUAAGGAAUAAUUUAUGAAAAUGUCAACCUGUAUUAGAUAACAUUUUGAAGUUAUAAAUAUAUAACGAUAUUUUAUAUUGUAUACUCUGGGUACAAUUAUGGGUGAUUUAGAUGUUUUGACUCCAUUGAUAAAUAGCCAAGAUCCAUUGUAUAGCCAGGAUCAAAUAACAAUUACUGAAAAUCCGACUGCAUGGGGGCGCUUAUAUCCAGAAAAUGAAUUCUUAAAAAUUGAAGAUUUAAUGAAGGAUAGUUAUAAAGCUGGCCGCCAGACAAAUGAUAUUGAUUUUCAAUUUACAAAGCAAUGUUUUAGUUUAAAAGUAAUGAACCAUAUUAGUAAGAUUCAUUUCGUUAUUACUCGGGAAAUGAUUGGAACACUUGGUUAUGUAGUUUUUAUUACUGACACUAGUUCUAAUGGUACAUUUUUAAAUGGUGAAAAAAUAGGAAAAGACUGUCGAUGGAUAUUAUCUAACAAUGAUAAAAUUGCUGUUGUUUCUAAAACAAAUAAUGUCUAUACAUUUACUGAUAAACAAACAGACAACUCUAAUUUUCCACAAAAAGUUAAAGAACAAUUUGCUGUUUAUGGUAUAUUAGGUUCUGGAACUUUUGGUGAAGUCCGGUUAGCUUUUGAAAAAAAAUCAUUGAAAUGCUUUGCAUUAAAAAAGGUGAAAAAAGAAAGUUGUAUUGUCUUAAGAGAGCCUACCAUUUUGUCAAGUUUAUCUCAUCCAAAUAUAGUUAAUAUGGAACAUUUUAUUGACACAAUCAAUUUUAUUUAUAUUGGGUUGGAGUAUAUUCCUGGAGGUACAUUAAAACAACUUCUAAAUAUUAAUCACUUAAAAGAAUUUGAAGCUAAAGUAAUUUUGUACCAAGUUGCUCGUGCUGUUCAGUAUUUACAUAAUAGAUCAAUAGCUCAUAGAGACUUAAAACCUGGAAAUAUAUUGCUUUCAAAGCAAUCCCCUUAUUGUCAAGUAAAAUUAGCUGAUUUUGGAUUGUCUAAGAAGAUAACUGAUAAUACACAUUUGAAAACAUUUUGUGGUUCUUUAGCAUAUCUUGCCCCUGAAGUAUUCACAAAAAAGCAAUUGAGUAAACAAUUUACCUAUUCAUCUGGUAAUUAUACUCGAAAAGUGGAUUCAUGGAGUUUUGGUGUGAUAUUAUAUGAGUGUUUAACUGGUUCUAAACCUUUUGAUGGUGACCAUAUCGAAGAAAAAGUUUAUAAAGGAACAUAUAACCCAUUUAAACUUAUAAUAUCAAAUGCAUCAAAUUGUGCUCAAGACAUUAUCAAGCAAUUACUAAAAGUAGAUUAUAGUAUGAGGUUUGAUUUUGAUAGAAUACUUAAGCAUAUUUGGUUUGAUAAAGAUGUGCUUAUGAAACAAAAAGUAAAUGACCUUAUUGCAGAAUUUUCACAUAUUUUAAAAUCAAAUGAGAUCCCUAAUUAUAAUAAAGAAAAUGUAAAUAAAAAGUUAAGAAUUUGUCCAUGUUUUUCUCCUAUGUCUGAUUCUGACCAAGCUUAAAUUAAUUCUUUUAUUUAUUGUGUAUGUUUUUCAAGUACAAUUUUGUUAUUUUCCUAAAUGAGUUAUUAUAUGAUGUUAAGUUUGUUUUAUAUUAUGAUAAUUUUUCUAUUUGGAUAAAAAUAGUUUUUGAUAUUUGUUAUUAAG